AUGACGCGUUUCCGCAAGGAGAAUGUUUCUAGAAUCUCUCAAAUCAAGGCAAAGGUCCACAGCACGCGUCUACAGGCUGGCGCAAGCUCUGCCGUCUGCAACACGUUCUUCAAGAGCUUCGUAACGAACUACGCCGCCAUGGCUAGGCUUCAAAAGCCCUACGCAGACGAGGAAAAGGUGUCAACCAUCAUUGGCGCCCUACCUGUUACCUACAAGAUCCUCAUUGAGACGACCUGGCGCGCGCAGAGCGACAAGACUUGGGACAACUUUACCUCUGUGUUCUACGACUUCAUCAAUGAUCUCAAAAAUACCGAGCGUAUCCCUGCCGUCGAGAGCAACGCGUCUCUCACGAUCACCAAAGGCGGCAAGACUGGUCAGCCAAAUGCAGCAAGGACCAAAAAGGGCAAGGACAGCAAAGUCGCUAAACACUGCGAUAACCACCCUAACAGUACGUCGCACGACACAUCUGAAUGCGUCAGAGGCCCGCCGAAGAAGAACGACAAGAAGAAGGUCCAGAAACAAGUCGACAAGGCGCCCACGCCCGCACCUACGAGCAGCGCGUCGAUCGUCGAGAUUGAAGACGCCUAUUACGAUGGCUCUAGCAGCAGCAUGGCCGUCAAGCACGUCUUGUUCUCGCCCUCCGCGCGCGUCUGCGCGUAUCACCCUCACAGCGCGCCGCACGCCGUUUCUGAGUGCGUUAGAGGAUUGCAGACGAGCCUUUGCGACGCCGUCACUACUAAGCGCCAGCCUGUCAAUCGCGUCGCUAGCAACAGUAACAUGACCGUCGAGUGUUUCUCAUCCUCGUCUUCCUCCUCCUUCAAGUUCCUCGUCGACACCGGCUGCACAGAGCACAUUGUCAGCGAUCAAUCAAUUCUCUUUGGCGUCAAGCCAGUUCCGGUUCCUUUGCGCGUACGCCUCGGUGGCUCGCGUUUCCAUCUUAUCCUCUCUACUGUCGGCUCUAUGCGCAUCGCGCAAGACGACAACACCACCGUUAUUCAUGACGUUUACUAUUCUGCGGACACGACCGAUUUGACGAUUUCAACCAAGGCUCUACGCCGUCACGGUUGGACCGUCGAUCUUCACAAUUUCCGCAUCUACAAGGGCAAGGUCGUCUUCAAGACGGACGACAGCUACGAGGGCGGCCGGCCAGCGGUCGAUUUCCAGGUUACCUCGUCGUCCUACGCCGCCAUGACCACCAGACGCCCACCAUCUACAUCUGCGCGCGUUAAACCUUCAAACGCGCCCACAACGCAGUCGAUUCCCACGCUCGACGCUACGCAGACGAGCGCGCAAACGCCGCAAACGCCGGUCACAGAAGAGAUCAGAGAACACCACUUUACGUCGACCCCGCGCGACAAGCUCUCGUUCACUUGGGACUACAGGACCUUCAACUUUCGUGAGAACAUUGGACGUGCUGCAGCCGACCUCCUGCAUUCGACUCCCGUCAUGAAUGUCCGCCUCUUCACCCCUACCCCCAAGAUUGAGCGUCCUUACCCCGACCUGUCGUUCCUCCAGUUCUCAGUCGCUUUUGACACAAAGCUUGUUCAUGGCUCGGCCAUGAUCAACGCUGUUCUCACCAAGGAGGGCUGGAAGCUUUGGACCGUGCACACCGCGGCCGAGGACUUGAUCAACUUCCCCGAGCUCCCCCCUGCCGAUGGGCACAUGACCGGCGACAUCAGCUGGGAAAGCCAGCGUGCCAAGGAUGUCGACGAGAUCCAGCCCGACGUCCUGAUCGUUGGUGGUGGCCAAAACGGUAUCGCCCUUGCUCCCCGCCUCAAGGCUCUUGGCGUCUCACACCUAAUCAUUGAGCGUGGUGACACCAUUGGUGAGGUCUGCAGGAAGGUCGCCCCUCGUCCGGCAAGGGAGCAACAGCGUCUUGUACCUUAG